AUGGUUUAUCUAACUGGAUCUCAGUGCGACGGGCGCAGUAUCAAGCUGGGUUCCCCUGAUGUGAUGUUCGAUGCCAGCACUUGGAGGAUACGCAACAUCUGGGACGGGGUGAAACUAGAGGUCGCCGGGGAUGCGAGCCCCGUUGUCCUGCAUAGCUUCACCCAACUGGACCCUGACCUUCCGCAGUUGGAGGUAACGAAAUAACUUGUUUACUGCGCACUGGGGCGCACUGUAGCCUUGUGUGCAGUUUUCAAUGCGUUUGUUGACUGGUCUGUUAUCCAAGCUGCCACACAUGAUUGAUAAACGAGAAUAGCCUAGUGGUUUGAGAGGAUAAGAUCUGUGUUCUACUGUGUUUUGUUGUUUACUUCUGCCUUAGUGUCAAUGACACAGUUAUUGAAUUCCAAUACAUUUAAGUGCGCAUGUACAUUAGUAGGCUAUAGUUGUAAUCGACAUCCUUUUGAAAUGCAUCUACAUAGUUUGAGUAGCCCGUUUAUUUCCAAAAAGGUUAAACAAACGUUGUGAAAUCUAUAUGUUUUAUUGAUGAAGAAACAAACAAACUGUUUAUUAUUUCAUAAUAUAGGCCGUUUUUAUUUUAUUUUGUAUUUAUAUUUAUACAGGGAGUCAACAUUGAGACUCCUCUGUUUUGCAAGUGAGCCCUUCAAACAACAUAAAUACCCUAAUUAGUUUUUAGUACAAGUAAUUUGUUAAAACUAUAUGAUGGUCCACAAUGCAUAGACACUGAACAAGAAAACCGUUAUAAUCACUGUUAUAUAUAUAUUUUUUAAGCUCAACAAGUCUAUGCUAUGCUUAUUAAAUGAAAUGAAUAACAGUCAUAAAUAAUCAUCCAUGAAACCCCUUUAGAGGACAUGGUGAGAUUAGUUUAUCAUCAAUUUGUUUUGAAUAAUGUUUUAAAAACACUAUUGUUGUAUGGAAACAGACACAACACCAGUCACUAGUUGUUUUCCCCCCAAAUGGUACGAGACAGCUUUUAAAACGGAGCCAGUGAACCAGCCACAGUAAUCGAUUCAAUUGGAUUUCAAUGGGUCACAGUGUUGACUGCUGUCCAAGCAGUGUGGUUCUACUUUCCAAAUAACACACUGGCUCACUGGCGAUGUCAUAGGUCAUAAGCUAUGUCCCUCAAACUCAACUCUGGGCCUCAAAGCCAGUUCCACUGCAUUUUUUAAUUAUUCCCCUCCAAUCAGGGACUGAUUUAAAUCUGGGACACAAGGUGAGUGCAAUUAAUUAUCAGGUAGAACAGAAAACCAACAGGCUUCGGACCUCGUAGGGGAAGAGUUGUGGGUGUGAAUGCACUCUGCCGACAGCUGUGUGUGUGAGUCAUUACAGCUUUCUAAUUCUCUCUUCUGGCUCCAAGGCGGCAAUACGAUCAGGGGUUUUCUAAAGCUCAGACACGUCAGACUGCCUCCAACCCACAGCCUCUCUGGUGUCCAACCCCACGUCAGACUGCCUCCAACCCACAGCCUCUCUGGUGUCCAACCCCACGUCAGACUGCCUCCAACCCACAGCCUCUCUGGUGUCCAACCCCACGUCAGACUGCCUCCAACCCACAGCCUCUCUGGUGUCCAACCCCACGUCAGACUGCCUCCAACCCACAGCCUCUCUGGUGUCCAACCCCACGUCAGACUGCCUCCAACCCACAGCCUCUCUGGUGUCCAACCCCACGUCAGACUGCCUCCAACCCACAGCCUCUCUGGUGUCCAACCCCACGUCAGACUGCCUCCAACCCACAGCCUCUCUGGUGUCCAACCCCACGUCAGACUGCCUCCAACCCACAGCCUCUCUGGUGUCCAACCCCACGUCAGACUGCCUCCAACCCACAGCCUCUCUGGUGUCCAACCCCACGUCAGACUGCCUCCAACCCACAGCCCUCUCUGGUGUCCAACCCCACGUCAGACUGCCUCCAACCCACAGCCUCUCUGGUGUCCAACCCCACGUCAGACUGCCUCCAACCUACAGCCUCUCUGGUGUCCAACCCCACGUCAGACUGCCUCCAACCCACAGCCUCUCUGGUGUCCAACCCCACGUCAGACUGCCUCCAACCCUACAGCCUCUCUGGUGUCCAACCCCCACGUCAGACUGCCUCCAACCCACAGCCUCUCUGGUGUCCAACCCCACGUCAGACUGCGUCCAACCCACAGCCUCUCUGGUGUCCAACCCCACGUCAGACUGCCUCCAACCUACAGCCUCUCUGGUGUCCAACCCCACGUCAGACUGCCUCCAACCCACAGCCUCUCUGGUGUCCAACCCCACGUCAGACUGCGUCCAACCCACAGCCUCUCUGGUGUCCAACCCCACGUCAGACUGCCUCCAACCCACAGCCUCUCUGGUGUCCAACCCCACGUCAGACUGCGUCCAACCCACAGCCUCUCUGGUGUCCAACCCCACGUCAGACUGCGUCCAACCCACAGCCUCUCUGGUGUCCAACCCCACGUCAGACUGCCUCCAACCCACAGCCUCUCUGGUGUCCAACCCCACGUCAGACUGCCUCCAACCCACAGCCUCUCUGGUGUCCAACCCCACGUCAGACUGCCUCCAACCUACAGCCUCUCUGGUGUCCAACCCCACGUCAGACUGCCUCCAACCCACAGCCUCUCUGGUGUCCAACCCCACGUCAGACUGCCUCCAACCCACAGCCUCUCUGGUGUCCAACCCCAGUACAGGAGAGUGA